CUCUCCCAUUCGUCCCUCCAUCACUUCCGAAUCGUCACCAUGUUCGCUAAACUCGUCCUCGCCGCCCUCUCGCUCGUCGCUGCCACCUCAGCUGUCACUGUCGACCCGGCGAAGUGGUAUACACUCUCAACGGGCGGAUCGACCUAUCUUGAUUCUACGGACAGCGUUCUGAUGCCUCAGUCGCAUACGGAUCGCAAUGCUCUCAAUUCCGGAAACGACAAAGGCGUCCGAUUCAGAUUCCCCGAUGGUCUCCCAGGUCGUGUCGUUUGCGCAGCCCACAACGACCACUGGGUCGGGAUUGCCCAGGGCGAUAACGUCUACCUCAACCAAUGGAGCACCAAUCUCGACUCGGACGACUGGCUGGGCACCGCUGAGGCUGUGGGCGACGGUAUUGAGCUGUAUUAUUCGGACGGAUAUGCAGGGACGAAUACUAUUGGGACGCCUGUUACACAGAGCGAGGCGGUGACGUGGGAUGUCAUUGAGAUUAGUGCGCCUCAGCUUUGAGUUGAGCUGGUGUACGGUGGGGAUAGGCAUGAGGAUGUUGUUAUGGAGUGCAGCAUAUAUCUAAAUUAUUAGCAUAUAUUUCUUUCCUGCUCGUCAAUGACUUAUUACGAUGACUUUUCUUCGCUAUCGAAGCC